GUCAGACCUUCAUCACAGAUCUUUCGUAAGACAACGUGUCAGGCAUCGUCUUCGUAACCAUUUUGUGUAAGAUCUUUCUAGGAAGCAGGUUUUAGAGGUGGACGUCUGGUUUCUAUCACCCCAAGUGUGAACACUUCUGAACUGCUAUAGUCAGUGGAAAUGCUGCGGUCGUGAGCGCAGGAUGUGGGGGGGAAACCGCCGGGGUCUGCUGGCUUCUUUCAUACUCACCCUGUAGUGUAAAACUUCCAUCAGAGCCCUAUAAGAGUGCAGGGUGGAGGACUGCAGCCAGUUAAGGCGGGUGGUUGAAGUGUUGCUGCACAGGAAGUUGCUGAGCAAAGCUGAGAGGUUGCUCAGACAUGGAUGUCUGCUAUCAUUUGCUGCUUGUCUUUCUUCUGGCUGGGUUCUGCUCAAUCGGAAAAUGGUCAGCUGAUGCCUUUGAGAGUAGGUUGGUUCCUGGCAAGCCACUGAACGUCAGCAAGAAUGAUACAGAUGUUAAAAAGGCUGUACAAACUGCAACCUACUCGUUCAACAACCGGACCAACGAUGCUUAUUUUUUCAAGGCAUCAGCUAUUGAAGACGCCCAAAGACAGAUUGUUAAAGGUAUCAAGUACCUGCUGAAGGUUGAGAUAUCUCGGACUGUGUGCAGGAAGAGAGAGAGUGAUGUUGACCUUGCUAACUGUGCCUUUCAGCCACAUGGUUUGUUGCAGCAGACAUUCCUCUGUAACUUCGAAGUGUGGGCCAUACCAUGGCUGAAGAUAAUGAAGACCACAUUUUGCCUCUGCCUUCCUCUCGACAAGUCCUAAUAUGCCAUUUUCAAAGACACCUGUACAUGUGAAAUGGCACUGUAUGCUAAUUUAACAGUGAGCUGGCACAGAAUAAAAUAUGCAGUUGGAAUUCAAACAAGAUGUGGAUGUAAACUUUUGAUCAUGUUCAAUGACUAGUUAUCGCUUCUGCUCAUCCGACUGACCGUAAGUUCAGAAUAUCUAGCUUGCAUGUUAUUGUGUGCUGAGGCAGAUGUGUAACACUAUGCUAGAUCAGGGAGGGGGUCUCUUUCAGGUCCAGUACCUGUUCAGAGAAGCUACUUUUGUUAGACCCAUUACUCUUCCUUAACCUCAGAGCACUGGAAGCUCUUUUAGAAGCUGCAUACAGUCUGAUCUCAUAUAAUCCCUGGAUCCAGCUAAACAGGACUGGUGACAAGGGGUGGGCAAAACAACUAAUGCAUCACGAUUCUCUUAUAAAAUAUUCUGCAUUGAUACACAAAACAUAAUGUGGACGUAUGCAAAGGUUUGGG